UACAAUUAAAAAAUUCUGGAAAAAAAUUUUGUAGUAAAAAUAUCAUAUUUACAUACAUUAUAAUACAAAAAAUCUGAAAACAAUUAUCCUUGACUAAGUAAGAAGAUGCCUUUCCGACGUGGGAAAAGAUCAGGUGCAAAAGAGCAAACAAACAAUAGCAGCUGUGGAUAUAUGAAUUUUUUGCGAGAGUAUCGUAAGAAACAUUUUGGAUUAACUUCAACGGAAGCGGUUAGACGUGGCACUGAAGAAUGGCAUAAACUAUCGGAAAAAGAGAAGAACCAAUAUACACAAAUGGGUUGUUUAGUAUCAAAGCGUGAUAGUAGCAGAGCAUCAUCUAGUCUAGGAAGAUCAAAAUCCCAAUCCAGAAAAAGGGUGAACAAAUCUCCUGUACUUGGAAGUUCGAUUGCCCGACGUGCUAGAAAACGCAGAAGAAAUGCAUCAACAAUAACUUCAAACAGCACAAAACGUUCACGCACUCGUUUACGCUCUAGCUCUAGAGCACGUCCUAACUCAGGUUCACGUCUUGGCUCUCGUUCACGAAAUAGCUCUGCUUCACGUACUCGCUCUCGUUCAAAUCCAGGUUCUCGCGCACGGCACAGUAUUUCUAAAAAAUCUGGUAAUCGCAUUAGUGCAUCAUCUGAACGUAUUAGAUCUGCAUCGCUCAAAAGAGAGAGUAAAUCUUCUGCAAUAGCAAGUACAAUCGCCAGACGUGCAAGAAUUUCUAGGCAAACUACCUCCAAAUCGCCUUCACAUACUGCAAGUCGUCCACAAUCACGUCGUGGUUCUAAGCGUAAUAAAUCUUCUCAGCGAAAACAAUCAGAUAAAUCAGCUGUAAACGAUAGCACUUUUGCACGCAGUAGAUCGUUGUCGCAGAAACGGGCAGCCGCAUUAAAGAUUUCUGAAAGUUCCUUCCUGCAUCAUGUUCCUCAGGCAUCAGGUUGGCCAUCACCAACUACAAAACGUUUCAGUUCACGACGUAUGAGUACUCGUAGCAAAAGUGGUCAACUUGCUUCUGUCCCUUCUGGAAACGAAAUGGAAACGAUAACCGGUAGUUCAAAAAGUAAAAAACGCCAAAGCCACCAGAGAACAACUGCCGGCAGGCGUUUGAGCUCUGGUUCUGGCUCUGGCUCUCACUCACUCCAUGGAACUCGUUCGUGCCCUGGCUCUCGUUCGGGGACUGGAUCUCUUAUAAAAAAUCCUACCAUACGCUCUAAUGUUGACCAUAGUGGUCUUGCUUUAACUUAG